CAACGGACACUCAUCACACGGUAGGGCGAGCAUGGCCACUGCCACGGCUGUCUCCCCGUCGCUGUCCCUCCGCCCGUGCCUCCCGCAGCGCCAGCACCACCUCAACCGCGCGCUCCCGCGCUUACCUCUCCAGCAGCGGCCGCGCAGCCUGACCGCCGGCGACCGGUGGGCGUGCGGCGCCAGGAGGCGGGUACGGUACGAGGAAGAGGACGAAGACGACGAGGAGGAGUACGGGCACAACGAGGAGAUGGCGCGGCUGGAGGCGUACAGCGAGGGCGCGCGCGGCCAGGCCCUCCUGGUGAAUGCCGCCGUCGACGGCGAGCUGGAGGUCGUGCUCGUCUUCAAGGGCUUCUCGUCGAGCUUGAGCGGGAGGACGGCGCCGGACCCAGCCAUGAGCGUGCUCCCGGAGAGGGCGGUAAUACAGUCGGUGGAUGUGGUGGAGGGGCCAUUUGACCCCAGCAACAUCGAGUAUAUCGAGAAGGAUGUGCCAUGGGAAGAGUUCAAGAGCCGCCUUCAAUAGCAAAAUACAAGAACUGUAGACAUGUCUGUGGGGAAUAGCAAAAUACAAGUUCGAUUCACUUUGGGAUCAAUGAAUGAAACGGCCAAUGUACUCUCAAAUGGCCUAGAGAAAGAUUUGGCCAUGGUAAGACUUAAAACAGAACUUGUAGAAUGUAGACUCAAUCUUUUCUGUCGUUAGAAUAGCAAAAUAGGUAAAGGUUUGUUUGGGUAUCAAAGUGUGAAACCAACCGUAUAAACUAUCAAAUGACCAACACUGGAUCGUGCCAAAGGAUCAAGUGAACAAAGAAUACAUCUGUAUUAAUAUUAAUAUAGAUAUGAAUCAUA